GUUAGGUGUCAGAAUUUGUCUGUAUCUUUCUGGAAUUCCUAUUGGAUGCUGCCCUCUGAUGUUUGUGGAAUGAACUGCUUUUGGGAAGCUGCUUUUAGAUAUGAUUAUAUGAAAACACAUCCUUCUGAGAAAAUGCAUCUAGCAGUGGUGGCCUGUGGUGAAAGACUGGAGGAGACUGUUACUAUGUUGAGAUCAGCCAUUAUUUUCAGCAUCAAACCUCUCCAUUUUCAUAUUUUUGCUGAGGACCAAUUGCAUGAGAGUUUCAAAGACAUACUUGACGAAUUCCCCUAUGAAGGAAGAGUUAAUUACACAUUAUAUCCAAUAACAUUUCCAUCUGAGAGUGCAGCAGAAUGGAAGAAAUUGUUUAAACCAUGUGCUUCACAAAGACUUUUUUUGCCAUUAAUCCUCAAAAAUGUGGAUUCGCUAUUGUAUGUUGAUACUGACAUCUUGUUCUUGAGGCCUGUUGAUGAUAUUUGGUCUUUUCUGAGAAAGUUCAACUCCACACAAAUUGCUGCAAUGGCACCAGAGCAUGAAGAGCCUCGUAUUGGGUGGUAUAAUCGUUUUGCUAGACAUCCCUAUUAUGGAGUAACUGGAAUUAAUUCUGGAGUCAUGCUAAUGAAUAUGACACGUAUCAGAAGAAAAUAUUUCAAGAAUGAUAUGACGCCAGUCCGGUUACAAUGGGGAGAAAUUUUGAUGCCUCUACUGAAGAAAUACAAGUUGAACAUAACAUGGGGUGAUCAGGACCUAUUGAACAUUAUGUUUUUUCACAAUCCAGAAAGUCUUUAUGUCUUUCCUUGCCAAUGGAAUUACCGGCCUGACCACUGCAUCUAUGGAAGCAAUUGUAAGGCAGCUGAAGAAGAAGGUAUAUUUAUUCUUCAUGGAAAUAGAGGUGUUUACCACGAUGAUAAACAACCAACUUUCAGGGCUGUCUACGAAGCAAUAAAAAAUUAUUCAUUUGGAGAUGACCUGGUUCAUUCUCUGCUGCAGCCCCUAGAACAGGAAUUACAGAAAACCACACAUACGUACUGUGGAAGAGUAUACAAAGUAUUCAUAAAGCAGCUAACACAAAGCAUAAGAGACUUGUAUGCCAGAAGAUCAAAGGGAAGGUGAUUUUUGACUCCUAGUUGCUACAUCAAGAGACUGAAUUAACAUAGCUGGUCAAAAGGUGCAAGAAUUUUAUUACAGUUUGGAUGGGCUCUUAAUGUGCCCAGAAAAAAAAAGUUUACUAGCAUACAUAAAAAUGAAGAAAGUAUUCAUGUAAUGAAGAACAAGAACUUUUUUCUGCAAAGGUGACUUUUUGGUUUUUUGAAGUUUUUGAAGUGCUAAUGUUUAUCUCAUAUCUGGUGAUUUGGUUAUUACUGGCUUCUAUGGUCAGUACUUGUAGUCUGCAUAAUUCAGUUAUCAAAUGAUAUAUGAACAAGGAAGAAAUGAAGACAGCUCUGUUUGGGAGUGUACCUCAUAUCUUGUUUAAAAUUCUCUUAAACUGUGAAUGUAGCAAUAACUGAGUCAGCAGCACUAACCUCACUUUAAAGGUGUGAGCCUUUAUGUAAACAAAGUUGUUUACAAGUGCAGAAAAUACUCUCUUGUCAAAGAAAUGUGUUGUAAUCAUUGACAAUCUGUAUGUGCCUUUAUAUGUUCAUCUCUUACAUGUUGAAGUACUGUUUUGACAAUCUUGUUUUGUUUAUCUCAGCUGUAAACUGCACACUAUAAAUAUGAUUUUCUGA